GAAAUCCCAAUCAACCAACAUCUUUGGCACAGAUGUUCCCAUUCCGACCGUCGCGACAAUGUCCAGAUACCACCGUCAAUGCUUGGCGGGCCAGGCAACCCCCACUUCACGCAACACGGUAUUCGCCAACAUCAAAUUGCAAGGCUGCAGGGGUGUCUGUCGGUGUCGUCGAAUCCUUCAUUGAGAAGUGUGAAGUCUUUCCUUUCCUCACCAAUCCCUAUCCCGAACGUCACCAAGCCAGACAUGCGCCGGAAUUGAGCAUGGUACGAAGUCUCGACCAUGGCCUCGGACGAGCUCUAGGCUGUAGCAUCACAGAAGCCGCCACUCCCUCUACAUAAGCGGGGAAGCGCUCAGAGCCAGGGGCAGUCAUCAUGACCAGCCUCACAGCGACACCCACUGCUGAGCCGACACCGCUGACGGUGCUUAUGCAUCCCGGCAUCGACGACAUUUCCGACUUCUUUCCCUUUGAAGACUUGGCCAGCCUGAGCCCGGGCCAGUCCUCAACCGACCCAGCAGCGCAGGAUGCAUUCUCGUUUCGCGGCCUCAUUGAAAGCGGCAUUGACGGAGACCAGGAGAUUCUGCUGCUUGCGUCCGGGUGCAGACUACAGGAUGGCACAAAAGACUGCUAUGCUGCGUGCAAUGACACCAGUCUCUUCUUCGGUAGCCUCGAGACCUUUUACAACUGCGCAGCGCUCGCGUCCAUCUCAUACUGGACCCAGGACUCCAUGGUGUACUAUAUCAAUGACGAGGCUGAGAAGAAUGCGAGCACGAUUCUGGGCAGUGGUACUUUGGCUGGCUUCGACGACAAGCCCGUACUCGACAAGUUUGUCGAUUGUGCUCAGGAGUCCUGCCGCAGUGAUGGCUUGUCCGUGCCAUGCGACGACUCGCUCCGCGUGUUGACCAAGAACUCCUCCGCCAAGGAAGUCUUUGACGCAAUGGGCACAUUCUGCCCAUCAAUUGAGGCUGAGAUUAACCCAGACAUCUUCGGACCCGGGGUGCUCAUCUCAUACGCUCUGCAGGUGUCUUUUGCGACUAUGCUCUACCUCGCCGUGAAGCUGUUCACUCUGUACGUGCGCCUCACGCAAGCACCAAAGAGACGAAUCCCACAGCCAUAUACAUUGACACGCAUCCGCACCAUCAUCUGGCCUGAUCAGUCUGCCCUAUCGCGUACCAGCGUUGCCAUUGCCACGACGCUCGUUGAGUUUCAAGAAGCGCAAUGCUGGUUUGUCUUUGCCGUGCAGAUCGCCUCCAUCCUGGCUAUUGUGGUGAAUUCCCAGGAAGGCACCUUUUGGGGGGAGAUUCUGGUCAAUGCUGCCGUGGCCUUUCACGUCAGCCAAAAUGGCAUCCUUCCCAUGUUCCUGAUCCAGAUUUGCCUACACAACGAGGGCAUUAGGAAUACGCACACGUUUGUUGGGUUUUUGAUCGAGUACAUCUUGGCCAUUGUGGCAGCGAGCCAAAAGGUGUAUUUCAAGGACGUAUUUGGAAUGUUCAGAGGCCAGGCGCAGAUGGAGGCCUGCGGCGGCAAUCCGAGUCCCAGGACCUACUGUGCCGCCAUCGGAGCGGUGGACGGACUGCAGCUGAACUUCUUCCCGCACCCGUUACUGUACAAGAUGGCAUUCCUUGUUCUCGACACGAUUGCUAUCAUUGUCCUUGUGGUCGAUCAGGUGGCGUGGACGCUGCGCACUCACCACCGCACGAAGAAUGUCAGCUUUGGACGGUUCAGACCCGGACGAUUCCCAGAGACCAGCUGGAAGCCGAGAUGGAUCAACUUCAAGCGCUGGUUCUGGUGGGUGCUCGAGAUCGUCUACGUGGUCGUGAACAUAUUGUACAUGGUGUCCCUCAUUCGCGUCAUCACCAUCGACAGUUUCGCCACGAAUCGAUGGUCCUAUGGGCAAAUCAUCGCCAUGACGGUCUGGGGGCCGGUCAUUGUGAAGCUGUUUGACCUCAUUAUCUCUGGCCCUCAGAAGAAUGGCAUGAGCAUGAACUCUGGACCGCCUCGUCUACGUGUCGAUAACACCAUCAACCUACGGCUCGGCGCCAACUCGAUGGACGAAAGUUUUGCCUGGUCGCAGAGCGCUCCUCUGUGAGUUCUUGGCGUGGAGUCACCCUGUCUUUAUGUCAUUGUCUCAGGCAAAGUUGUCAAUAAGACUUCCCGGCCGCGAUCGCUAUAGUCAUUGGCUCUGGUUUGUGAUAUGUCGAGUAGAGCAAAGCUGUGGCCAGCCUGUUCAAGCAGGGGUAGGUGCAGCAUCAGCCUUGCUUACUCAGACGCGUGGCAUUCCAGAAAUCGACUUCAUCCCGCAGGACCCCGCGCAGUCAUUCCGCAGCAUCGAAUUUGUCGGGUUGGUUGACCUGUACGUACGCUGCGCCGAGAUCUGGCGUACUGUCCGACGAGCACUGAGAACGCAAAAGGCCAGCUUGGCAUGGUCUUUUUUGGUCAUCCGUAGCGACAACGACUAUGAGUUGAUGACAUUGUCAACUGGACAUUGACGAUGGCCACGAACGUCCUCAUCAGCUCGCAAGGUGACUCAAAUGACCUCGUUUCGGACCAUCCUGUGUUUACACUAAAGCAGGCACCGUGUUCCUUG